UUGAUGAACUCUCCUUUGGAAAACACCUUUGGGAAUAGCCCUUCCAAGCGGUGAGGAAAAUUCUCCAUCAGCUGAAGUCAGGGGCCAGUUGUUGCAAAACACACUCCAGCCCCUCUCUGCUUUCACAUCCUCAGCCAAACCUGCCAUGAUCUGGCUGGAGCGUGAGGAGGAGCUAAGCAGCCUGAUUCUCCAGGACUCCAAGGAAAGGGAAGGCCCGAGAGAAGGUGCCAGGACAGGGAAUGAGAACGAGGAGGAGAAUCCCCAGCAGGAAGGGUCCGCGGGAACAGAGCUGCACAGGACAUCUGCCACACAGCGGGGAGGAGGUAGCGAGACCCCGGGCGGGGCAGGACCGCAGCAGGCAGAGCCCCUAAAGGAGAACGAAGCCAGAAUGGGGGAGAAACUCUACCAGUGCACCCAGUGCCACAAACGCUUCAGCCGCAGCUCCAGCCUGCUCUGUCACUGGCGCUCCCACAUGGGUGAAAAGCUGUUUCACUGCACCGUGUGUGGGAAGGUCUUCACGCAGCAUGGGAACCUCAUGGAGCACAGCUGGAUCCACGCCGGGGAGCGCCCCUUCUGGUGCCCCCAGUGCGGGAAGGCCUUCGCCCUGAGCACUUCCCUGAGCUAGCACUGCCACAGCCACACCAGGAAGCGGCCCUACACGUGCCUAGAGUGCGGGAAGGGCUUUGGGGUGAGCUCUGCGCUCGUGGUCCAUCAGUGCAUCCAUACUGGGGAGCGGCCCUACUGGUGCGGGGAGUGUGGGUGCGGCUUCUGCCACAGCUUCAACCUGGUACGGCACCUGCACACCCACACCGGGGAGCGGCCCUUCAGCUGUGCCCAGUGCGGAAAGCGCUUUGGGGAGAGCUCCACCCUGAUCCAGCACCGGUGCACCCACAUCAGCGAGCACCUAUACCAGUGCUCUGACUGUGAGCAGGGCUUCAGCUAGGCCUCCCACCUGGCUCAGCACUGGCGCACCCACAGCGGGGAGCGGCCCUACGCCUGUGCCAAGUGCGGGCGGCGCUUCGGGGAGAGCUCCAACUUCAUCAAGCACCAGCAGGGGCAUUCAGGGGAGCGGCCCUACAAGUGCCCCUGGUGCAGGAAAGGGUUCGGCCGCCAUUCCAACCUGAUCCACCACCAGCACACCCACGUGGACACCAAGCCCUUCAAAUGCCCUGACUGUGGGAAGGGCUUCACCCAGAGCAGCCGCUGCACCCAGCACUGCCGGGUCCAUGCCAGCCAGAAGCCCUGCCAGUACCCCCAGUGGGGGAAGGGCUUCAGCCAGAGCUCCCAAUACACCUACCACCAGUGCAGCCACACUGGAGAGCGGCCCUUCCGCUGUGCUAGCUGCGGGCAGGCCUUUAGCCUCAGCUCCUACCUGAUCUGGCACCAGAAGAUCCACAGUGAGGGGACCCCUGCUAGCCAAUGACAUGGGGUGGGAGAGGGUGUGGGAAGUUUGGGUGGAAAUCAGCUCAGAGAGACCCUGCCAUGGACCCACCUGGGGGGAGAGGGGCUCAGUCGUGAUUCAGCACCAGGGAAUCCCCAUCCAAGAAAGCCCCUGCCAUUGACCCACAGGCUGUGUGGGAAAGAAGCUGACAUGGUAACUCAGCCUCUGCCAUCAAGUGAGAUCCCAGUGUGCUGCGGUGGCUGGCCAGGAUCCUGGGAAUGUUGAAUAGGAACCAGGAGACUAUUCCCAGAGACUGGAUCCAGUUCUGGUGCCCACAGUUCAAACCGGAUGGUACAUAACGAUGGCCAUACUGGGUCAGACCAAUAGUCCAUCUAGCCCAGUUUCCUGUCUUCUGACAGUGGCCAAUGCCAGGUGCUUCAGAGGGAGUGAACAGCACAAGCAAUCAUUGAGUGAUCCAUCCCCUGUUGUCCACUCCCAGCGUGUGGUGGCACAUUGGAGUGGGUUCAUAGACGUUGCCAGACUGGCUCAGCUCCUAGCACCAUCUAGUGCCAUAUUCCAACUCUGACAGUGCCCCAGCUGCUGCUGAUAAAGGUGUGAGAACCCUACAAUAGCACAUGUGGGGUAAUCUGCCCCCCAUGUUAGGUCUCAGCCUGGACUGUAACGGAGCAUAGUGGCCUUUAGUGCCAGCCACAAGAAUAGUUCCGAGUCUGGAAAUACCUUCCUUGUAGUGAAUGACGGAAGAAGCUUGAUCUCUUUGUUUCUCCAAGGGAAGGCUCAGA